AGUUGUCGUCAUUGUUGACAUCGCCUUCCUCCGGUAUUUACGCAAGAAAAGCUUUGAAAGAGAUCCUGGUUCUGUUCUGAGGUGUUCUUGAAUAUAUAAAGAUCUCGGGCUGCCGUCGUAGUCGCUUCUUUUCAUCCUCAUCCUCACCACCUCAUCCCAUCUUCUCUCAUCACACAUGCCUUCCUACACAUACGCCCCCUACCGCGACGACGAAAAGGCCCAGUACCGCUCCCUCGAGCAGGAGGAGCUCGCCUUCUCCGAGCCUGCGCCCCGCCGCUCCCGCCGCGGCCGCACCUUCAUGACCUUCGUCGUCGCCGCCCUCCUCGCCGGCGCCGUCUACGCGACCUUCUCCGGCGCCAUCAGCGACGUCUCCGACAAGGCCCCGGCCUACAUCCACUCCAAGGUCGGCCCCCUCGUCGGCAAGCUCUUCAACUCCGCCGUCCCCCACCGCUCGCAGCCGACCGUCCACCGCAAGUUCGGCUCGCGCGUCUCCACCGCCCACUCCUGUCCCGCCCAGAAGGAGUUCUCUUGCCACCUCGCGACGCCCAUCCCCGACGACGUCGACACCUGCUGCGUCAACGCCCCCGGCGGCCAGCUCCUGCUCGCCCAGUUCUGGGACUUUGCGCCCGCCGUCGGCCCCGCCGACAAGUGGACCCUCCACGGUCUCUGGCCCGAUAACUGCGACGGCUCGUUCGACCAGUUCUGCGACGCCACGCGUGUCGUCAACUCGGUCGAGACCAUCUUCACCGCCGCCGGCGCCACCGAGCUUCUCUCGACCAUGCGCGAGUCCUGGAAGGCCUACCAGGGCGCCGACGACAGACUCUGGACCCACGAGUGGAACAAGCAUGGCACUUGCAUCUCCACCCUCGCGCCCCAGUGCUACGGCCCCGAGGACAACACCACCGCUACCCCGAUGGUCGAGUACUUCUCGCGCGCGGUCGAUCUCCACUCUACUCUUGAUACCUUCGGUGCUCUCUCUGAUGCCGGCAUCGUCCCUGCUUUCGACGCCACCUUCAACAAGUCUGACAUCCUCUCCGCCAUCUCUUCCUCCAUCUCCGACAACCACAACGUCACCCUCGGCUGCACCAAGUCCGGCGUCCUCACCGAGGUCUGGUACCACUUCAACGUCAUGGGCCGCGCCCAGGACGGCGAGUACCUCUUCGCCGACCCCGACGGAACCAAGGACUCGUGCCCCGAGACCGGCAUCAAGUACCUCCCCAAGAUCGUCCGUCCUCCCCGCCCUGAGCGCCCUCACCCGACUCCCAACCCGGACAGCAAGCCUUUCGAGGGCAAGGGAUACGUCAUCGUCGACGACGGAUCCGAGGGAUGCCUGAUCACCAGCGGCCAGUGGUACUCCGCCGGCACCUGCGCCACUUUCCACGGCACCCCUUCCACCCUCGGCGGCGUCGAGCUCGCUUCCUCGCGCGGCCCUUGCGCUGUCAACCUCCAGGGCCGUCUCGUGUGCGACUACAGCAUCACCAACGCGACUUCGUUCGAGGUCGGCGACAACGGCGAGCUCGUCUACGACGGCAAGUCGUCCUGGGGCGCGAUCCAGCCCGCCAAGGGAUGGCUCAAGGAGGGUCUCUGGGCUGGCAAUGGCCCUGCCGAGCUUGAUCUCUCGGUCGAGGUUGAGUUGCACUGGAGAGGACUUUUGUGAAUUACCAAGCACGAAUAACUACAUACAUCUAUAUACUUUAAUGUCUUUUGCUUUUAACUAGUUUUUGGGUCUUUUGUUUUUUGUAUUUCAUAUACACGGAGAAUACGGACAUGGCUUUGUACAAAUUAAAUUCAUUCUUUCA